CUUCGCCUCACCGUCCUCGACCGCCGUACACGACGGCGUCCAGCCUGGAUCUCGCUUUGGAUUUUGAGGCGAGGACUUAAAUGAUUUGAUUUCUUAUUGCAAAACCAAUCGAUACUCAACGAUUCACGGUUUUGGUUCGUGCCUAAGAAUCCGUCUGUUAAAACCGCCGAAGUUUCCCAGGUCUGAGUAUAUAAAGGUUAAUUCACGGCAUGAUCAAUGGAGGAGUCAGCACAGAGAAGAGAAAGAUUAAAAGCUAUGCGAAUGGAAGCUUCACAGGGCUCGGCGACUUAUGAUGAUGGAAGUGAGCAUUCAGCUCUUAGCCUCUCCAAUCCACUUCUUGAAUCCACAGCUAACCCUGAGGGUCAGGUGCAACCGUUGGCUCAGAGUUUUAAUUAUUACACCAACCCAAUGGCAGCCUUCUUUGGGAACAAGCAGAAGAGCAAGGUCAGCCCUCAGAUAUCACAGGACUAUACAUCAACUCCUCCAACAGGAUCACGCAUUGAGAUGUUUCCCUCACCUUCCCCCCAAGCCCCUAUAAACCACUCGCCAAAUCGGAGAAUGCAGCAACCACAGGGGCAAUAUGGGAAUGCUAAUUAUGGCUAUGCACCUAAUCCACCACAAGGUGGCAAUUUCCCGGGCCCAAGCUUUGAUUUUCAAGGCAGGAGUUGGAACACCAAUAGUCCUCGCCCUGGAGGUUACCGUGGUCCAGGAGGUGUCGGUUUCUCUAGUCCUGGACCGCACUACAGCACCAGCUCAGGCCAUGUUUCAGGACAAGGUGGCUACCCAAGCCCUCAAACUCACUUCAGCAGUGGCCCAAGCCGUGGUUCAGGACAAGGUGGCUAUCCGAGCCCUCAACCCCACUUCAGUGGCGGUCCAGGCCGUGGUUCAGGACAAGGUGGCUACCCUAGUCCAGGUCACGGUUCAGGACGAGGCUACCCUAGUCCUGGACCCAACUUCAGGAAUAGUCCCAGCCAUGGCUCAGGACAAGGAGGGUACCCUGGCUCUGCUUCUAACCAAGGUAGAGGGCACUGGUUUGGGAAUAGCAUGGGCUCAAGCCCAAGUUCUGGGAGAGGCAGGGGUCGGUUGUCAGGGCCGGGACACAGACAAGGACGAGGAGGCGGCCAUAAUCAUGUAUCUGCAGAAGAUCGGCCGGAUCUCUUCUACAACAAAUCUAUGGUGGAAGACCCGUGGAAGUUUCUAGAACCCGUAAUUUGGAAGUCACACAAGAAGCCAUGGCUUCCGCAUUCACUUAGCACAAAGAAAGCUCGAGUUUCGGAAUCUCCAAGAUAUCAACAGCAGUCUAGUUCUCAGCCGAGCCUUGCGGAAAUCUUGGCUGCAUCGUUUAACGAAGCUGCGAACAAUGAACCCGAUACUUGAUGGUUUUUGUAGGGUUGUGAAAAUGGGAUUUCUGUUUGAAAUGUUUAUGGCUCAAUCUUGUAUUGUUUUUCUUUGUAGUUUGUGGGUUUUAGUCUUCAGGAACAAGAUUGUUUAAAUGACAAGAUUAUAUAAUAAAUUUUGGAGUAAAGUUUAAUUUUGGUCCCUAACAUUUGUAAUUUUUAACGGAUAUCAUCUCUAAACAUCAAAAACUCGGAUU